UAGUAGAUCAGGGGCCUCACUACUCACUUACUCAGCUUCUUUUUGUUCAAGUCUUCUUCUUUGGUGAGGUACUGAAUUGGUACUCGUGGAGUCGUGGUAGACUGGUAGUGAGCAAAUUUGUCACUAACCAAUACUUUUCUUUUCACGUUAGAUGCUCGUCCAAUCAUCUUUUUGUGAAAAUCCAGCGGCCUUGACAUCAAAAGCGUACCAAAAAUUGAUCAAAAUCCAAUAUCAAUAACUCUCACAGAAAACAAAUUCAACAUAUUUUCACAAAAAUUGAUCAUCUUCAUCCUCCAAUUUUUCACAAUCUUAAACCCAGAAACGCAGCGCAGAAGAUAAAUUAAUUCUGUCAAAGAAAACAAAUACGAUGUCGUUUAGUUCAUCUUUAGCAACUCCUCCAUCUCUCACACUCUUAUCCAAAUCUUUCAAUGGGCAACAUAGGCCUACGCACUUCCCUUCUCCUUCUUCCCGCUUCAGGGCUUCUGCUGAUAUCCCUGAUUUUCUAUCUGCUGUUUGGCUUGAAGCUCGCAAGAAGAAACCUUUUGGUCCAACAAUAAAUUUUAGUGCAGAAGAAGCUGUUAGCCAUCAGCUUGAUGCCUUGAAGUACAAUGAUCAACCUUAUCAAGAUUAUGGGAUCGAGGUCAUGUAUAGGUUUGCUGGAUUUGAUCCUUUUGAAAGAUCUACUUAUUUCGGACCACACUUUGAUUUAGGGCAGUUUGAACGAUUCAGGCGAAUAUUUCACCAUUCCAGCUACCGAGUGUUGCUUGGUCAUAAGGAAAGGAAAAUACUGAGCAGUUUAUGGGUUAAGGAGUGCUAUCGUGGCUCAGAAUCUCUUCAAGCAACGAGUUUGGUUGCAAGGAACUCGUCCAGCAGAAGAAGAGAUAUUUGAAUUUACCAUGGUUCAGCGGCUUGGUGGGUCUUGGGAUGGUUACUGGCUCACCGAGAGUCUACAUCAUGACGGAGACAGCUUCUCCGGUGGUGUGGCUUACUGAACAAUCCUUUCAUGACAGUAUGGAUCGAUGCAGGUGAUUACUUGAUUGCACGCGGACACCAAGUCUGUGUGAGGCGUGGAAUUACAUGGCUGUCCCACCUUUAGAAUUUGUACAUAAAGAUCCAAACUGUCGUUCAGCUUAAUUGUGCUUGUAAAUUGUUACCCUUGUGUAUAACUGUAUAAGACAAUGUAGUUGGCUCUGCCAUCUUUUAUUCAUAUACUUGGUAUGUUUUUGCUCAUAAUACCAAAGAAGUAGGCUGUAAAGCCAUCAUCGUUAGGCUGGGUAGUUGAUAUGGCUUGAAUUUCUCAAGUUCGAAACUAUAAUUGGGCUACAAAAUCAAGCCUCAAUUCCAUUUUUUCCUUGAA